AUGGAUAUGGUUUCUAUUAAUGGUGAAUCUCUUGAUAUUGGAGAACGAGAAAAAAAUAGUCAUCAAUUAUAUUGGAAUGAUUUGGAUAAAAUGAAAUUUUUAUCCCUUCUAUCAACAAGUUCAUUUCUAUUAAGAACAUGUUUUCAUCCAUUAGCUGUUAUUAAAACUCGUAUUCAAACAGAACAAAUACCUGUCAAAUCAAAAUUAGAAAUGAUUAAAAAAAUUUCAAUUAAUGAAGGAAUACGACGAGGAUUUUAUCGUGGAUAUUCAGUUGCUAUAUUAGCUAUCAUAUUUGAACCUGUUUUUAUGGGUACAUUGGAAAUAACAAGAAAUUUUUUAAAUAAUAAUCAACCGAAAUAUAUAUCUUUAUCACAAUGGGAUACAAUAAAUAGUUCAUUAUCAGCUGCUACAGCUGCUCUUGUACAACAAACAUUUAUCGGUAUGUACAUUAUUUAUAUCAAUAAUAUAUCGAUUAAAUCAGCGAAAACGGGACAUUCACCAGUUCUAUUUUAA